GAAACAUUACACCUGGAAGAUAUGAGACUCCUCCUCGCAGGUAAAGCAGACCACUUCCAAAAGACGUGGUCUGCAUUUAUGGACUUACUACAAGUACAAGGUGCAACUGUAAUUUAAAAAAUAAAUGGUGCCAGGAUCUGGUAACGGGAGAUGUAAAAUAUGGUUGGUAUAUCCCUUUUUGCGGAGUUUUUUUAAUAAUAGAGCAACUGUUCUGUUUCUUUCUCUUUUUUCUAGGGUCUAUUUCUUCUCUAACUCUCUCUCUAAUGCGCUCGCUUUUCCCAACACUUUCACGACUCUUUCUCACUUUCCUUACUUCCUUUAUUUCUCUCUUUCUUAAAGCUAACACAAUGACGGGGUACAACAAAUGUAAUAAGAUAUAGGUGGUGUGUAUAACUGUAACUUAUUGUACUUCUAAUAAAAAUUAAAAAUAAAGAAGAUUUAGAAAGAGAGUCAGACAGAGCUCUAGGAGCUAGUGGAAUCAAGGGAUGUGGGGCGAAGGCAGGCACGGGUUACUGAUUGUGGAUGAUCAGCCAUGAUCACAAUGAAUAGCUCAAAGGGCCAAAUGGCCUCCUCCUGCACCUAUAUUCUAUGUUUCUAUGCUUUCCCAUUUUCACAUCCACUCCCUACACAUUAGGGUCAAUUUGCAGAGGCCAAUGAACCUUCAAACCCACACAUUGCGACUUUGGAGGAAACCAGAGCAUCUGGAGGAAACCCACACAGUCAAAGGGAGAAUGUGCAAAACUCCACAUAGACAGCAUCUGAAGUCAGGAUCGAAUCCAGGUCUCUGGGGCAGCAGCUCUACCAGCUGCGGUCACUCUGCCUCCCUACUUUCAUCCUCUGUCCUGGUAAUAAUCUACUUAAUCUGCCAAUGGUUAUUUCCUCUCAAAAAUCCCAAACAUUGUUUCCUCUUAACUUUAUCCACGCCCUUUUCCGCAACUUCAUUUUUGGUUCUUUCGAGUCAAGUUUUCUCCCUUAACAGUGCCCUGAAAACCUAAUGACAUCCUAUGUGUCUGUAGCCAUGGUACACUAUUGAUGUGGUUUCCUUUUGACCUCUCAGCAAUCUUUGACCUGAACAACCACAUCAUGCUCCUGUAAUUCUUCCGAAAUAGGACACGUGUCUCUUGGUUUUGCUCAAAUCUGUUAGCUUGUGAGCAGAGCACCAAAUCCUGCGGUUUUCCUUCUUUGUCUCACGUAUUAUUGCCCCAGGCAACUUCAAAGGAUUUGUAUUCAUUUAUAUUCACUCCUCGUCCUCAUUUAUAAUCUUCCCUCUGCAAGUCCAUUCGAGACAGGAAAUCAAUGUUUGCAUGUGUGCUGAUGUCACUGCAACCUAUUGCCUUCUAAUAAGUCUGGAAUCCUUUCAAGCAUGCGUUGUGGAAUAUAAACCCAGACAAUUUAAUGAAUACAUUACUUAGUGAUAGGUGGAGUAUAUGUUGUGAAGAAACCAAUGUCAUGAAGCAUCACUUUGGCCAUCACUCUCCCAAUUGGCCAUAAAGUACCAAUGUGAUAGUUGAAAGCUGAAGUCCAAUAGAAAACACAUGGCCUAAUAUUCAGAUGAUGGGUGGGGGGGAGCGGAGGAGGUGUUUGGUGACUUUCUUAAUGAUUAAUGAAUCCAAAUCCUGGAAUUCCCUACCUAACACAACUGCAGAAGUUUAUUUUUACACCAGAAUGUGGUAGUUCAAACAUUUGUCUCACACUACCAUCCCAGACCUACGCAGAGAUUGGCAGUAGAGGCAGUGAAACACACAUCACAUGUAAGAAACCACGCUAUUUACAGCAACUCCAGAAACACAACAAAACCUUUGAAAACGCAACCCACUUCCCACACCUUGGGAGCUACACCUCGGCAAAGGCGGACAUCCGUGAUGAAAUUUGCCAUCCCACACCAGAGACUGCUUCGGAGGCUUGACUUCUGCAGUGUUCGUUCCAACACAAAACAAUGGAUCGCCAGUUUUCUGACAAAACAUCUUCAGCGCGUGUGUGUGAAUGGAAAAAGCUCUGAUUGGCGUCCAGUGUUGAGUGGUACACCUCAGGGCACAGUACUGGGCCCACAUCUGUUUUUAAUUUACAUUAACGACAUCCAUGAAAAUGUCACAAGCAUGACCAGACUAUUCGCUGAUGAUUGUUGGCUGUACCGUCUAAUUAAGUUAGCUGAUGAUAAAGAUGCUCUCCAAAAAGAUCUUGAUACUAUGGUUGAGUGGUUACAACAAUGGGGCAUGCAGUUCAACCCUUCCAAAUGUGAAACCAUGUCACCAGGAAGAGGAAACCAGGCAAAACAUUAUCUCAUCUACUGCAUCCGCUGCUCUAGAUGUCAGCUGAUUUACAUCGGUGAGACUAAGCGGAGGUUGGGCGAUCGUUUCGCCGAAGACCUCCGCUCAGUCCGCAAGAACCUACCUGAACUCCCGGUGGCUCAGCACUUCAACUCCCCCUCCCAUUCCCAAUCCGACCUCUCUGUCCUGGGUCUCCUCCAUUGCCAGAGUGAGCAACACCGGAAAUUGGAGGAACAGCACCUCAUAUUCCGCCUGGGUAGCCUGCGUCUGGCGGGCAUGAACAUUGAAUUCUCCCAAUUUUGCUAGCCCUUGCUGUCUCCUCCC